CCUUGGUCCCUUUGUGGCCUUCAACUCCCAGAGCUGGCUGAGGAACUCUGGGAGUUGAAGUCCACAAGUCUUAAAGGGACCAAGGUUGGAGACCCCUGAGAUAGAUAUAGACAUGAUAUAGAUAGAAGAGAUAAUAGAUAGGAGAUAAUAGAUAAUAGAUAAUAUAGAUGAUAGAGAUAAUAGAUAAUAGAGAUGAUAUAGAUAGUAGAGAUAAUAGAUAUAGAUAAUAUAGAUAGAUAGAUAGAUAGAUAGAUAGAUAGAUAGAUAGAUAGAUAGAUAGAUAGAUAGAUAGAUAGAUAGAUAGAUAGAUAGAUAGAUGGACAGACAGACAGACAGACAGAUAGGUCAGGGGUCUCCAACCUUGGUCCCUUUGUGGCCUUUAACUCCCAGAGCUGGCUGAGGAACUCUGGGAGUUGAAGUCCACAAGUCUUAAAGGGACCAAGGUUGGAGACCCCUGAUCUGGUGAAGUCAAGAGAGUCUUUGCCUGGAGACCGAUGACGCUGCAGAAGGGAGAAUUCCCAUUGGUCCCUCUGCUUCUUCUGCCAAUUUUAAGAGGAAAAAAACACACUUCCUCUGGCCCCAAUUCAGAUUCACCGACUUGGUUCCCCCUCUCUUUUUUGGGGGGGGGGAGACUUGUGGGGCGGCAUCCAUGGGCAAUGCUGGGGUCCCUUUGCUGUUGCUGGUGGGGGUGCUGGCCCAGCACCCUGGAAGCGAAGGAGGGAAGAAGCUCCCUGUCCAUUUCUUGUACCAGGAGAAGACCGACUGUCUUUUCCCCCUCGAUGGGAGGCAGCGGGUGCGUUACCUGGACAGGUACUUCUAUGACCGGCAGGAGUUUGUCCGCUUCGACAGCCACGUCGGGAAGCACGUGGCCAUCACAGAGUUUGGAGAGCCGGAGGCCAAGGAGUGGAACAGCAACAAGGUCAUUCUGAUGAUGAAGCGGGCUGAAGUGGAUCGCUUCUGUGGACACAACUACAAGGCAGCCAAGAUGGGGCUUGUGGUUGGCCGGAGAACCAAGCCCACCGUCACCAUCUCCCCCACCAAGAUGGACCUCGCUUCCCCCAACACCAUCCUCCUCUGCACCGCGAUGGGCUUUUACCCCAUGGAGAUCGAGGUCCAGUGGCUGAAGAACGGGGAGCCGGAGAAGGAGGGUGUGGCCUUUGGGGAGGAGCUCCAGAACGGAGACUGGACCUACCAGCUCCAGGUGAUGCUGGAGACCCAGCCCCAGCGGGGGGACCUCUACACUUGCAAGGUGGAGCACGCCAGCCUGGAGGCCCCCAUCACCAUUCAGUGGGAGCCCCGUUCCUCCAGCUCUGCCAGGAGCAAACUCUGGACGGGGAUAAUGGGGGCUGUGAUAGGAGUGGCCUUCCUGGCCGCGGGGCUCUUCUCUUACCUAAAGAGCAAGAAAGCAACGUUCAUCCAGCCACCUGCAGGUCUCUCUGGAGCCUCCCUUUGGACCCCUCGGAUGAACCUGGACCCACUUCGAGUCCCAGGAGAUGAGAUGGAGAGCAAUCCCUGGUUCUAAAGGGGCAGAUUCUUGCUCCAACCAGUCUCUCCCAUUAACCACACCCCUGCAGUGUGGGCCUGCUUGGGAGGCUGAUAGGAAAAGGGGGAAGCCCACCCUGUGUUUUUCCUGAAGACUCCAAAUAGAACUUACUUACAUUAAA